UACAUACUUACACGUACGGUAGUCGGUAGGUGAGUCAAUGUGUGCAACAAAAACAACGUGAGGCCUUCACCAGAAUUCCAUUCCUCUUAAAUUAGCUGAUCUCCUUCAAUGUUGAAUGUCUCUCUUGUAUAUAUACGCGUUAAUGUUGUUACACUUGUUCGAUAAUAAUGUCAUUUAUUUAGUUUGUACGUACAUUCUUUUGCCUUGAUUGAUCUCUUUAGAAAUAUUUCCAUCUACACUAUAGCCCAAAUUGAAGACAUACAGAAGAUCUAAAAGGCGGUUAAUAUCAAACAUAACUUAAUUCAUUAGCCUCGGCUAGCAGAAUUUGCAGAUUUAACAAGUUUUAGAUGAGGAACAGCAGCAAGUUAGAUGAAGCUAGCAAGUGUAAGGAUGAUCAACAACAGGUUUCUUUAAUAACAUCAGUGAAAGAGAUUCGUCGUGUGGCAGACAUCAACCAAAUGAGGUUACAACAGUUAGAACUGGCAGUUGCAAAUUUAACCACCAUUUGCAGUGCAAUUAGACAUGAUAUGUAUACCUUGAAUUCGGCAUCCAAUCAAGGCUCGUUAAAUAAGGUCCAAGCAGAGGUUGUAGAGAUGAAAAGGCCCUCCUAUACGCGAUCAAGUUCAUCCGACAAGGAUGAUGUUUUGGGACUUCAGAUGCAGCAGCUAGUUAAACAAGCUGCUGCACUAGGCAUUCUUAAGGAUUCUGACGCUAGUCCUAUUCCAGGAAAUGAGAAGGCAAAUUCAAAGAUACAAACAAGACUAUCACCAAAGAAAAUGCAAACAACACCAAACAAGAAAAGUUCAACAAAACAACCAAUUCGAAGGUUGGAAUCAACAACAAAGAGGAAAACGUCUAUGAAACUCGCAACAGUCAACAAAAACAUGGGAGCAAGUAGUGCAGGCAGCAACAAGGCAAGUGCAAGCGCAAAAGUUUCACUGAAAUCGACUGUCAAAAGGACUAAAACAACCAUUUCCAAAGUCUAUGUUGAUCAACCAACUCAGAAGCAGGGCAAGGAUACUGUGGUCAAGAAUGUACAACAAAAAGAAGAUAAAAGUUCGAUAAAACUAACAGUCAAGGCUCAUCAAGGUAACAAUAAGUCUCAGUCGUCGUCUUCAUCAAAAUCUCAUUCUCCAACUAAGACAAACUCAUCACCUGGUGCUGUUAAAUCAGACAUUAAACCUCGAAGGAAAUGGAACACUCCAGAAGACAUUAUGCUUAAGAGGUAGGACAGAUUUUGACAAGAUAGGUCAAUUUUCGAUCAUAUAGAUUCAUGUAACAUAAAAAACAAAACAAAAACAUAAAAAGGCUUUGAAGUUUGAUAAUUUGUAUGAACCAAGUUUCGUUCAUGUCAAUGUGAUUCUUCUUAGUCCAUCUUGUUACCUUCUUAUAAACAUUGUACCCAUUGACAUGAAUGAAACUUGGUUCACACAUUUUUUUUUUUCGGGUUAAGUGGAUUCAUAAAUAACAUGUUUUUUUUUUUUUUUUUUUUGGUUUUGGAAAAAUAACAACAUGGUUCAAUACAAGCAAAUUCUAGAUAGUCGUACCAAAAAAAACAGUGAAGGGCCAAAAUUAAUUUGAACUUGACAGAGGCAAAGAGAAAGAAAGAAAAAAAACCCCAAAUUACUGAAACCCUAACACAAUUUGAACUCUCUCUGUCUCUUUUUUUUUUUGGUGCAAAAAGGGGCAAAGCCCGAAAAAUACAAACUACUUAGCAAUAAAACGAAGGGUAGUAACCCCUAAAAUGUCCUUCCUAAUAAGUCCCUUUAUUUCGAUAGGAGGGUCCUUGAAAUAAAGACACUUAUCAGUUUGAACAACACCUAAAUUAGCUAGUUUAUCAGCUACUUUAUGAAAAUUACAAUCAAAAGAACGAAUGAUGUUACGACAGUUACGAAGCAUGUGUACGCCUUCACCCCCAAGGAGAUGAUAGUUCUAAAGUGCUUCAAUGCAAGCCUUGUUGUCCAUCUGGAUCUCAAUUUUGCUUACACCGACCAAAAGUGGUUGCCAUCUGCAGCCCAAGUUCAACUGCCAUAAGCUCAGCCCUAUAGGCACUGCACACACCAAAGUUUGCUGUGAACCCUCUAAUAAACCUACCAUGGCAAUCUCGUAGCACCCCUCCACCACGAGCAGCGCCAUCAGUGUUCAAGGCUAUCCACCCAGCAGGGGGUGCUUGCUAACG